AUGGUCCUUCACAUCCACGAUCGCAGAGUUCGCACAAAGUAUGAAAAAAGAAAACGGACAGUGUUGAAGAAACUCUGGGAAUUCUUCACUUUCUGCCAUGUGGAAUUUCACGUCUUGAUGGUGAAUGGCACAGAGGCCACCGUGGUCACUGCAGGCAACUAUCAUCUACCUGCAGAGGAAAUUCUCGGAAAUGCAUUCACUGUUGAAAGACUCACCAUAGAGGAUCUCGAGAAGAUUUACGGCCAGACCACCGCUCUACCUCACAGAAGUCACAUCGGCUCCGAACUUGACAUGGAAGACUCCGCAGAUGAUUUGGAUAUGGACUACUCUACGGACGGCACUGAUUUGGAGGAUGUCACAGAAGAGAAUAAUCUCUGGGACAUCGUCGUCCCUGAGCCACCUACCUAA